AAGAUUUUUCUUUAUGUGAAAAGCAUUAUAAUCAACUUAUCGUGUCCGAUUUCUUACGACAAGUUCUUACAAGUUCGAAUUAUAAAAAUAAACGACAAGCACAUAAUCUUGAUUUAGAAAAUGAAUUGGUUGAAAAGCAAGCUCGUACAGAGCAUGCUUAUGAAAUAGAAGUUGAAAAAAAUACUUGCGAAAUUGGCAUUCAAACUGACGAGUUUAGUAAUAAAAAUACCCAUGAUAUUGGCAUACAAGUAACUGAUAGCAUGUCGCAUACCCUUGAAAAUUAUAUUAAUAUACUUCAGACGCAAUUGAGUAUAAAAAUGAAUGUGAUAAAAAACCUUCAAAAACAAUUAGACUAUGCAUAUGAUUAUGUAAUAGAGA